UGGGGCGCGAGGGGGGUGGGGUGGGGGGGUCCGCGCCGGGUGGCCCGGGCGGAGCUACCUCUGCACGUGGACCGCCAUACGCGCCCCGAAAGCGAGCGGAGUGGGGGACGUGGAGUCCGAGCGCCCCCCCGGAACCCCGCGAUCUACUUUCGGAAGCGUCUUCCAGAACGACUUAAGGGCUUAACAAUGGAAAACUCGCGGAGCUGGAGCCAAGUCCUUUCAAGUCACCGCCAGUAACGUCACACGGACUACAGGGGAGUUUUGUUGGAAGUUGCAAAGUCCUAGAGCCUCCAGAGGGCUGUCGGCGCAGUAGCAGCGAGCAGCAGCGUCCGCGCGCUCCGGCGAGGCGCAGAAGAGCUCGAGGGAGCGCGGGGCAGCAGGAGCCAGAGCAGAGCGCGCACCCAGCCCCGGACCCACCGCCGCCCCAGGCCGCCCAGCAGAGCCCCAGCCAUGGCGCACCAGCUCCUGUGCUGCGAGAUGGAAACCAUCCGCCGGGCGUACCCCGAUGCCAACCUCCUCAACGACCGGGUGCUGCGAGCCAUGCUCAAGGCGGAGGAGACCUGCGCGCCCUCCGUGUCCUACUUCAAGUGUGUGCAGAAGGAGAUCCUGCCGUCCAUGCGGAAGAUCGUGGCCACCUGGAUGCUGGAGGUCUGCGAGGAGCAGAAGUGCGAGGAGGAGGUCUUCCCGCUGGCAAUGAACUACCUGGACCGCUUCCUGUCGCUGGAGCCCGUGAAGAAGAGCCGCCUGCAGCUGCUGGGGGCCACCUGCAUGUUCGUGGCCUCGAAGAUGAAGGAGACCAUUCCCCUGACGGCCGAGAAGCUGUGCAUCUACACUGACAACUCCAUCCGGCCCGACGAGCUGCUGCAAAUGGAGCUGGUCCUGGUGAACAAGCUCAAGUGGAACCUGGCGGCCAUGACCCCGCACGACUUCAUCGAACACUUUCUCUCCAAGAUGCCGGUGGCCGAGGAGAACAAGCAGAUCAUCCGCAAACACGCGCAGACCUUCGUCGCUCUCUGCGCCACAGAUGUGAAGUUCAUUUCCAACCCGCCCUCCAUGGUGGCUGCCGGGAGCGUGGUGGCCGCAGUGCAGGGCCUGCACCUGGGAAGCACCAACAGCUUCCUGUCCUAUCACCGCCUGACCCGGUUCCUCUCCAAGGUGAUCAGGUGUGACCCGGACUGCCUCCGUGCCUGCCAGGAGCAGAUCGAAGCCCUCCUGGAGUCCAGCCUGCGCCAAGCCCAGCAGCAGAACCUGGACCCCAAGGCCGCGGAGGAGGAGGAGGAGGAGGAGGAGGUGGACCUGGCCUGCACGCCCACCGACGUGCGCGACGUGAACAUUUGAGGGCACCGCGGAGGGGGCGGGGCCGGCCUGGGCUCCCCGGACAGAGCCGCUCAGGUCCGGCCACCGAGGGAGGGCGGCGCGCUCCUCAGUGUCUUGGUGUUUUCCUUUGCUUUUUCUCCCUUCCAUCUCUGACUUAAGCAAAAGAAAAAAAAACACACCCGAGAAACCUAUCUUUUAAAAAAAAAGAGAGGAAAAAAAUAGUAUUUGCAUAACCCUGAGCUGGAGGGGGAGGAGGGUUGUGCUACAAAAAUAGAGGAUUUUAUACCCCAUCAUCAGUUAGUUUUUAUAUUCAUGUGUCUGUGUCUCGGUGUUUUAAGGAUAGACAUUAACACAAGGAAUGAGUCUGCAGGAGAUGAUUAGAUUUGAUUCUUUAUGUGUUUAAAGCAAAGCAAAAAAAAAAAAGCAUAAAAACAUUUUUUAAAAAUAGAAGUCCACAACCCAUUUUUAAAGUAGAAGAGGGUUUUAGAUAGAGCAACGUACUCGUGUGCUUUCCCUAAGGGCACAGCUUUAAAGCGGUUCUAGGCAUCCUGUAUCUUGCUUGCAUGUAGUCACUUUAUAAGUCAUUUGUUUAUUUUAUUUCGUAGGUAGGCGUGUAAUCUUCACCUUGUCCAUGGCUGAUGUAACCUCUCGGCUAGGGUAGCGUAGAGUUCGGCAUCUUCAAGGCCUCAUCCUCUUUCUGCCUGUGGACGGACCACCUGAGAGGUCUGUCGGGCACUGGCCUGCGUCGAGUGACGGAAGGCCACCUCCGACUCCUAGCGUCCACUACUAGAAAGAGAAACCACAAUAGUGACCUAAUAUAUUCUAUUUUUAUAAUCUUCAUAUUUUUGUAGUUACCUGUUUAUGAGAUGCUGGUUUUUCACCCAACAGACCUGCAGCCUGCUCACAUCCAGGUGAAAUCUACCGCUGUUUUGUUUUGUUUUGUUUUGUUUUUGUUUCCUUCUCGAUAUUCCAAAACCAUUCCAUCUCAAAGCACUUUCAGUCUCUAGGUGACAUCGCUGUUUAUGUUGUGUGUGGAGGGGGUGGGGAACAGUUUCUUAAAUGGAAUGGUUUGGGAAUAUUCCAGUACUUGGGUGCAGACAGGAAUGCAAAGCAGGUGUUUGUCACUGUGGUGUUAGCGAAAGGGGGACAAUGUUUUGGAGGGCUAGGUUCUGGUCCAGGAGAAGAAAAUGUGCCUUCAUUCUCACAUUGCCAGGAUGAUGUGUUCCUUUCCUUUUCUGUAGAGGAGUUGAAGUUUAGGAAUCCUUCAGUGCCAACUGGUGUUUGAAAGUAGGGGCCUUAAAGGUUUACCUAGAGAACCAGCAGUUUCAGAGUUAUCUUUAGAUGUUUUGCAACGGACGGUUUUAAACACUAAAAUAUAUAAUUUAUAGUUAAGGCUAAAAAGAAUAUUUAUUGCAGAGGAUGUUCGUAAGGCCAGUAUGAUUUUAAAGUAAUGCAAUCUCCCCUUGAUUUACACACACACACACACAUACACACACACACACACACUUUUCUACCUUAGAUGUUGCAGGUGUAGGACAGUUUGUUAAAGUCAGGUCCUUUUGUAGGAGAGGGGAAAAAAUUACUGAGAAAAAAAACAAAGACAUGGAUUUGGCGUGUCUGGCGUUUCCCAGAGUGAUCCAGUUGGAGAGGCGUCAGAGUUACAAGGACAAUUAGGAUGCUGGAAACAAGUUCAGUUCCAAGUUCACUUCCAGUACAGUCUAAUCCCCAAACCCUCCUUUCAAAAAAGAAAUUUAGCAACCGAUAGAUAAUUUGCACAUCUUGGCUAUGUACCUUUUUUGUAAUUAUUCUGUAGGGAGUGUUGAAGGGAGUGAGGAUGUGAGGGAGGAAGUGUGCGGAUGGGAGGUGGGCGGGGACCACGUGAGGGACAGGCUGCGGCUCCGUUUUCUUUAUUCGCUGCUACCGAUGACUUCCCAGUACAGUUUGGAAACAGAUUCACAUUGCUUCUCUUCUCUUUCACAUUGUUUUGCUGCUAUUGGAGGAUCAGAUUUUUGUUUUACAAUGUUAUGUACUGCCAUGUUCUAGUUUGAAUUUUCUCAUAGAAAAAAUGUAUUACAGAUGCCUUUUUUUUUUUUUGGUAGUUUUUUUUUUUUUAUGUGAUCAAUUUUGACGAAAUGUGAUUACUGCUCUAUUCCAAAAAGGUUCCUGUUUCACAAUACCUCAAGCUUCACUUAGCCAUUUGCAGACCAGGCGGUCAGGCUCUGUCUGACCCACGGCCUCCUGCUUCGGCAGACAGACAGACAGACAGACACGCGGACGAGAUCCCAGAAGGGGCCUGGUGGGGCUCACCCCCCAAACUGGGCCACGCUCACAAGCCCCACCCCAGGCGCCUCUGGAGACAGGCCGUGUUCAUUUCCUUUGCCCUGUGCCUGUCACGCUGGACUCUCCGUCUGACCUGGGAUUCACCAUCAUCGUAGGUUUUACAGCCGUAUCGUUCUUUGCGUAUAGCUAUGAAAGUUCCAUUGUUAUUAUUAUUAUUAUUAUUGUAACAAGUAUGUCUUUGUGUGCCACUGUGGUGCUGUGCUGUAGGAUGCGGUCAUUGGGCCUGAUUGGAAUCGCUUCUGGCCUGUGUCACAGUUUGGGGUGUGUUGUAUCUGUUAUUAGUGUUCUGUUUGUUGUUCUGGUUAUUACAGCAAAAAUGCUCCUUUAAAGAGACUUCAGAUCUCAACGAAGCCAGCUAACAGUGCUGUGUGCCCGAGAGCCGCCUAGCACGCUGCAGAACCAAAAGGACUUGCACCAUCCCAGCGCUGGGGCCGCCCACAUGCUUCCAGGCCACCGGCAGGUGCAAACCCGCCGCCCCGCCCCUGCAGGAACACUGCUUCCGCUUACCUCAGCGGCGUCUCUGUCUGAACCAAACGGGGUCCGUGAGGGACUGUCUGUCCGUGGUGGGGGGUGAACGUGUGUGCUCUGAGGCCAAAGGCCGGUGGCGGGUCCGGGAGCACAGGGCGUGUGUCCCGUGACUGGCAGGGCUGGGGGUCCGGGCGGGCAGGCACUUGGGGGUCUGUGUGUGUUUUCGGUUGCACACCAGGGUGUUUCCCAGUACAGACAUGUAACCGGCACGUUUCCAGCAGGAAACAAGACAAACGUGAAACGUCUAGAAAUAAAAUUGGUAAA